UUAGCCAAUCAGAGACGCAGGGCGGCUUCGCAGGCGGCCAAUGGAUCGCCAGGAUAGAGCCCGCGGCGGUUAAACGUGGCUGAGGCCGGGGCAGUGCGGCGCUGUGCGGCGGCCGAGCGAGGGCGGCUGCGGCUCCGUGCGUGCGGCGCGGCCCCGCCAUGCCUUCCCGAGUGGAGGACUACGAAGUGCUGUACACCAUCGGCACGGGCUCGUACGGCCGCUGCCAGAAGAUCCGGAGGAGGAGCGACGGCAAGAUACUGGUUUGGAAAGAACUUGACUAUGGAUCCAUGACAGAGGCCGAAAAACAGAUGCUUGUUUCUGAAGUGAAUCUGCUCCGUGAAUUGAAACAUCCGAACAUCGUCCGUUACUACGAUCGAAUUAUUGACCGAACAAACACAACCCUGUACAUCGUGAUGGAAUACUGUGAAGGAGGGGACCUGGCUAGUGUGAUCACAAAGGGAACCAGGGAAAGACAAUACUUAGAGGAAGAGUUCGUUCUUCGAGUGAUGACGCAGCUGACCCUGGCCCUGAAAGAAUGUCACAGGCGAAGUGAUGGCGGUCACACGGUGCUUCAUCGAGAUCUGAAACCAGCCAACGUUUUCUUGGACGGCAAGCAUAAUGUCAAGCUCGGAGACUUCGGGCUAGCGAGAAUAUUAAACCAGGACACGAGCUUUGCAAAAACAUUUGUGGGCACACCGUACUACAUGUCUCCAGAACAAAUGAAUCGCCUGUCCUACAAUGAGAAAUCCGACAUCUGGUCCCUGGGUUGUUUGCUGUAUGAACUGUGUGCGCUGAUGCCUCCCUUUACAGCUUUCAACCAAAAAGAACUUGCUGGGAAGAUCAGGGAAGGCAAAUUCCGGCGGAUCCCUUACCGCUUCUCUGACGAGCUGAAUGACCUUAUUACGAGGAUGUUAAAUUUAAAGGACUACCAUCGGCCUUCCGUCGAGGAAAUCCUUGAGAACCCUCUGAUAGCAGACUUGGUUGCAGAGGAGCAGAGAGGACAGCUUGAGCGGCGUGGGCGCAGAGUGGCAGGCGUGGAAGAGCCCGAGAAGCCGGGGGACCCCAGCCCCGUGCUGAGCGAGCUGCGGCUGAAGGAGCUGCAGCUGCAGGAGCGAGAGCGGGCCCUCAAGGCGCGGGAGGAGACGCUGGAGCAGAAGGAGCGCGAGCUGUGUGUGCGGGAGAGGCUGGCGGAGGACAAGCUGGCCCGCGCCGAGGGGCUGCUGAAGAGCUGCGGGCUGCUGCGGGAGCAGAGGCUGCUGUCCCUGGCCAGCACUCCAGAACUUCUUGAUCUACCAUCCUCAACAAUUAAGAAGAAGGUUCACUUCAGCCGGGAGAGCAAAGAGAACACAGUGAGGAACGAGAACUCGGAGAGCCAGCUCACUGCUAAGUCCAAGUGCAAGGACCUGAAGAAGAGGCUUCAUGCUGCGCAGCUGCGGGCACAGGCGCUGUCGGACCUAGAGAAGAACUACCAGCUCAAGAGCAGGCAGAUCCUGGGCAUGCGCUAGCCUGGGAGCCGCGGGGGAGCCUGGGAGCCGCGGGGGAGCCUGGGAGCCGCGGGGGCGCCUGGGAGCCGCGGGGGCGC